AUGGCAUCGUCGUCGGCCGCAGUGCCCGUCACGGCCAAGCACUCGGAUGCGGAGGGGUACGAGAUGCCCUGGGUGGAGAAGUACCGUCCCAUUCUCCUCGGCGACAUUGUCGGCAACAGUGACACGGUGGAUCGCCUCAAGGUCAUUGCCGAGGACGGCAACAUGCCCCACAUCAUCAUUAGUGGUCUCCCCGGUAUCGGCAAGACGACCUCGAUCCACUGUCUCGCCCACGCCCUCCUCGGCUCGGCGUACCGUGAAGGUGUGCUCGAGCUGAACGCGUCCGACGAGCGCGGUAUCGAUGUGGUCCGUAACAAGAUCAAGUCGUUUGCGCAGCGUAAAGUUACGCUCCCGCCUGGACGCCACAAGAUUGUCAUUCUCGACGAGGCGGAUUCGAUGACGGCCGGCGCGCAGCAGGCGCUGAGGCGAACCAUGGAGAUCUACUCCAACACGACCCGUUUCGCGCUCGCGUGCAACAUGAGCAACAAGAUCAUCGAGCCCAUCCAGUCGCGUUGCGCCAUCUUGCGAUACAGCAAGCUGCGCGACGCCGAGGUCCUGAAGCGCCUGGAGGAGAUUUGCGCCGCUGAAAAAGUCGAGUACAACGACCAGGGCCUGCAGGCCCUCAUCUUCACUGCCGAGGGCGACAUGCGCCAGGCCAUCAACAACCUCCAGUCGACAUGGUCCGGAUUCGGCUUUGUCUCGCAGGACAACGUCUUCAAGAUCUGCGACCAGCCGCACCCCGUCCAGGUCCGCAAGAUGAUCAAGUCGUGCCAGGCCGGCGACAUCAACGCGGCCCUCGAGGUCAUCAACAAGCUGUGGGACCAGGGAUACUCGGCCGUCGACAUUGUCGUCACCGUCUUCCGCGUGGUCAAGGGUCUCGACGACUUGCCAGAGUACACCAAGCUCGAGUUUAUCCGUGAAGUCGGCUGGACGCACAUGCGUGUCCUCGAGGGUGUUGGAACCAUUGUCCAGCUCGGCGGCAUGAUUGCCCGUCUGUGCCGUAUGAGCAUCCCACCCGAGAUGCUCAAGUUGUAA